AGAAGGUGAGUCACGAUGACCAAGUGGCCGAGGAGAAAGUACCGGGCUUUUGAAGCAGGCCUUCGCUGCGGACUCGGAAUAAACUUAUCGAAGGCCAAGAGGAACCUGAGCAACAACCUGCAGCGCUUCAAGUUCGAAUGCAUCGGCAACAGUCAGACGGAUGACGAGAUAGUCAUCGGGGGAUCACUCAGGGAGUUCGCCAAGAUCAUCGACAUGGUGGAGGACGAGCGGGAGAGAAUGCUGGACCGAUCGUACGAGCAGAUCAUCGGGCCGCUGGAGAACUUCCGCAAGGAGGCCAUCGGCGGCGCCAAGGAGGGCCGGAAGAAGUUCGAGAAGCAGACGCAGAAGUUCUGCCAGUCGCAGGAGCGCUACCUCAACCUCUCCACCAAGAAGGACGACCAGGUGCUGCAGGAGGCUGAUGCAUCAGUGGAGAUGGAACAGCGGCACUUUGUGCACGCCUCACUUGACUACGUAUUUCUGCUACAGGAGGUCCAGGAGAGGAAGAAGUUUGAGUUUGUGGAAACGUUAUUGAGUUACAUGUAUGGUUGGUUGACAUUCUAUCAUCAAGGCCACGAAGUGUUCAAUGACUGCAGCCCUUACAUGCGUGAUCUGCAAGUUCGAGUACAAAGGACCCGAGAGAACUUCUUAGCAACCCGCCAAGAGUCAGUGUCCCUGAAGAACAAGAUGCUGGAGGUGCGUAAGACGAAAUCAAUGGAUCCAGGCAACAUGGACAAAAUGUACACUCGACAAGGAUAUCUCUUCCUGAUGGAGAAAAAUGACGUCAAACCUUCACCUGCAUCUUUUCCUUUGUUUGUUUUUCAAAAGGCAUUUGGGACGACCUGGACCAAGCACUAUUGCCUUUAUCAGAAGGAGAACCGUGUCUUCACAAUGAUCCCCUACAACCAGAUACAACACAAAAUUUGCAAAUUUACUUCAACGGAGACCAUAGUACUCAAGUCUUGUGUCCGUCGAAUGUCAGACAGCAUAGAUAAGAGGUUCUGCUUUGACCUGACGGCACAAGAUAAGCCUGGUGUCCUGUACACUCUACAGGCACUGUCAGAGGAGGAUCGCAAGCACUGGAUGGAUGCCAUGGAUGGGAAAGAGCCUAUGUAUGCGCACCCAAGUGGAGGUGUUGGAUCACAAGAAGAAACCUCCCUAGAUGAAGUUGGAUUGAAUUUCACUUCACGAGCAAUAGCAAUGCUUGAAAGUAGAGGGCUGGAGGAUCAAGGUUUGUACCGCUUGGUGGGUGUCUCCAGUAAAGUAUCAAAGCUCCUUGCAUUGGGCCUGGACCGGCGAAAAUCAGAGAAGUUGAUGCUUGAUGACCCAGCCGAGUGGGAGGUGAAAACCAUCACAUCUGCCAUUAAGCAGUACUUCCGUAAUCUUCCGGAACCCCUCAUGACAUACAAGCUUCACAGUGCCUUCAUUGCUGCUGCAAAGCAAGAUCGGUUGUUUCAGCGUGUAAAUGAGAUCCACAGUUUGGUUCAUAAGCUGCCUAAGACAAAUUUCACUGUUCUUAAGACCCUCGUUCAGCAUUUAGUAAAUGUGUCCAGUAAGAGUGAAAAGAAUUUGAUGACUGUUAGUAAUCUUGGUGUGUGCUUUGGGCCAACUUUACUGCGACCAGAAGAGGAGACUGUAGCUGCCAUUAUGGAUAUUAAGUUCUGCAAUAUUGUUGUUGAAAUCCUUAUUGAGCACUAUGAUAAGAUAUUUAAUACUGUCCCGGAGCCUCUUGUGGAUGUGAACAGAGUGACAGAAGGAAAGACCUCACCCAAAUCAUCUCCUCCUCCAUCGGAGCGAUGGAGUUCAGAGUACCAGCAGCUCGAGCGAGUCCCUGUCAUCGCGGUCAUCCCGUGAGUUGACACAACCUCCCUCCAGCUCCCUCUCCUCCUCACCGCAGACAAGUAAGAGGUUUCCCCCCCAUGUCGUGGCUCCUCCCAAGCUGGGUGCUAAUGGCCCUCACCGAGAUCUCCGUGUGCAGCAGACAAACCAUUAUGCGUUUAACAACAGCAGUGCACGACUGGGGACGGCGUACCCGCCCACGUACCGGCAACACAUGGAAACUCUGUGCAAGAGACAAUCUCUGGAGUACCUCUACUCAUCUAUGAAUUCGAUUAGCGGGUCGCAAUCCACAUCAAGUCUUCUGGCCCCGACCAGCUCUUCUCCACCGCCUUCUGCUACUUCGAAUGGGACAGCCAGUUCUCCUCCAAGACGUGUGAGAACGCUGUAUGCAUGUGUAGGAGAAAAUGAGUCAGAGCUUUCCUUUGAGCCCAAUCAAAUCUUAUCCAAUGUUCGGCCAUCCCGAGAACCAGGCUGGCUAGAAGGAACCCUCAAUGGCCGCACUGGUCUUGUUCCUGAAAACUACGUAGAAGCAGUAGAUGAUAAACCUCCUCCUCCUCGACUUCUAGCCCAGAGAAACACAGAUGUGUAAAUCUAAGAGAAACAUUCAUAAUUUAGUAGAUAUGAAGUGGAUGUAUUAACUUAGGCUUCAUAUCUUUGAAACUGUAGUGUGUCUUAUGUUAUACCAGGGUGACAUAAUGCAUAUUGUUGACCAAUAAUAUGUGUGUAUGUGCGUAUGUGUGUGCAUAAGGUAAAAUGCUGUGCUUGCAGUGUUGUACUACCUGCAGGGAUAUAGCAUUGCCUUUCAGAGAAUAUACUUUUGGCCUUAGGUACUGCCAGAAUGAAAGCUCCUUAUCAUGAGCUGCAGAAGGGAAUCUUAAGCCAUAUCCAGUUCUCAGACUGAUUGAUAUAUAUAUUUUUUUUUAGUAUAGUACUAUCUCCCAACUCCAGGCAAGUGAGUUAUGUGCAGGGAAGGAUACAACAUGCAUCAGGAGUGUGCUGUGACACAAUGUGCUUAUUCAGAUGGACAUGGAAUCUAUAAAAAAGGAAAGGUUACAUUGUCAUUUUGAUAGUGGGAGAAUAUAGCUCCCUUAUUUAGCAUAUUCAGUUGUCACAACUCAUGACUGGAGUACCAAUAUAUAUAUAUAUAUAUAUCAUUUAUGGUUAUGUCUAGAGCCAAAAGGAAUGUUGAACUUAUAUUUAAAGAAAAAACAACUAAAAUAUGGUGAUGUUUGUGGAGGGAGCCUGAGGAGCAUAUCCAUGUAUCAGUGAUGACCUAGUCUGAACCAAACCUACUUGGAGAAUGUAUAUUUAACAUAUUUUAUAUAUCACCUCUUUGUACAUUUGAAUUAUUUGUAAAUAUUGUUUCAUUUUAAUAGAAACAGUAUAUGAACAUAUUUUUUUCUUCUGUCUACAAGAAAGAUUUUGUUUUCUUUUGUCUGUUUCAGGUUUUUAUAUCUUUGUUAAACAAAUAUUGUUUCUUAAAACCUGUGCUGUAUCAUAAAAAGACAAACAUAGAUUAGUUUAGUAUUCAUUCAGAUUUUUUCUGAUUUUACCUGCCAUGCAUGAUUCUUUUGUUUCUAAACAGUUCAGUAAUAAUAGUGCAUAUAUAGGUAAUGAUCAAUAAGACUAGGAUUUGUAAGCAGCUAGUCAAGUGCAGUUCAAUUUUUAAAAAACAGACAGGGAUAUCAAAGCAAAAUGAGUUUACAGAACUUGUAUUGGGGCUUGAAACUAAAUUAAUUUCUUGAUGUCCAAUAUUAAAAUCGGCCAUUUGUGAUAUAAUUCUCUUUCUAUAUACACAUCCCUCAUAAAAAAAAAGAAAUCCUUUGAAAGCAGUGCCUUUUUGCAUAAUAUCCUUCAAAGGUUGCCAUCCAAAUAUAUUGAUGAUUUAUUAUGCAUUAGAUACAUGGAAAUGAUCAGAAAGGACUGAUGGCAGCAUUAAGAUGGAAAAGAUUGUAAUCCAAUAUGUACAAAAUAUUUUGCCUGCAUUCAAGUCAUCCACUCAUUUCUGGUUCAGUGUUGAAAAGAUAACUCCUUUUCUGCGAAAUCUACUUUGACAAGAAAAUAAAGAAAUUGAAGUUAAGCAUAAUCAACAGAAUAAGACACUGAUAAAUUUAGAAUAAAAAACUAAUUGGUGUUGGUGCUUAAUUGAUAAGUAUCAACAUCAGAACGGUGGAAUACACUGUGUAAAUAAAAGAUUAUUCAGUCCGUCCCCUUUUAUUUAUUCUCCAACUGCAAAUGAAAUGGUUUUACACAAAUUCAGUACUUCCUUAUACAAAGUCCUUUUGUGGCUUUGUCAAUGGUGGCUGUGUAAAUUUCAUGAACUUUCCAAAAGAGUAGACAGGGGAGGAAUCAUUACUACAUUUAUGAAUGUUUUUGGAUGCGGCAUAAUAUUGAGUUUUAUUGUCACCGUUACAAGGACAUCAGGAUAUACUUAGCUUUGAGCCCCAACAUGCUAUUAAUCUUUACAUGUUAUCAACCUUGCCCACAUAAAAAUAUAAUCUUUCUGUAGAUUCGCAAUGUCCUUGAUUGUUAAACAAAUCUUGGAAGUGCCUCGUUUGUACAUGGAAAAUGGAGAAGUAAAACUAUGUGACCUAUAAUUCUGCCAGUUUCCAAUCGAGAUUCUUUUCUUUUUCGUUUUGAGACCACAAUAACACGCUCUAUGAUAACCUUAGAUUUAGAUAGCCACAGCGUACUGUUUGCUCCUGUGAUCAUAAUAUGCAAUGGUGAUACUACUGAAAUGAAUUCAGCAUUAGUAGAGAUUUGUAUUUUUCAUUUUGUAUUCUAUAACCAGUGGAAAUAUUGAAAAGCAUAAUAAUGGUAGUGGAUAAAAGGGGCAGAUCAUAUAUUGUUGCUGUUUACAGUCUGAGGUGUAUUUGCAAUGUCAGUUACUUUUCUAGUAUAAUAAUAAUUAUUAUUAUUUUAUUGAUAUUAUUUUUAUUAAUUUUUUUUGGGGGGGAUGUUAUGUGUAACAAUUGGGAACAUUCUUUUUACUGGAUUUGGAGAGAGGAAAAGAAAAGCUUUUGUUCCAGAUUGUGUGGAAUGGUGAGAUGAAGUUUAGUUUUUUGCAUUUUACAUGAAAUAUAUAUACAAAACCAGCUUGUGUCAUUUAUAGCUAAUUCAAAAAUACUUAAGGCCAACUAGUUUUCUUUUCCACUGCUUGCUUAAGAAAAAGUACAAGACAAAAUUGAAAAAUAAAGCAUUGCCAUUGUAUCUGCUACCCUUUUCAUUCAGAGCUUUUCACCAUUUUUAUGUUGUGCAAUGCUACCAUCUUCAACAGCUUCUGGAAGUAUAUUCAUGAAAAAAAAUGUAUUACCUUUACUGCUGAGAAGAAGACUUACCCAUUAACGUACUUCAUUACAUGAGCUAUUUGUGGUAGCAGUAUCUGUGACAUGAAGUGGAAGGCUGGCAUGAACUAUGCAAAGUAUAAACUGCUUAUCAUAAUGCACCCAAUUUUACAAGUGCAAAUGUCAGAUUUUAGAUUAACCUUUGUGAUCUAGCAAAAAAUCUCAUGUGAAGUAGGGAUCAGGUGUAGAGGCUGCUGUUGAUCAUAUUAUUAAGUUCAGUAUAUUAUGAUAUGUAUUUUCCUUUAUAUCUGUAGGUCAGUGCCAUUCAUGUAUCAUUUUUUUCUUUUGUUGAAAUUUGUAAUCUAGUGUGAUACUGUCCUGGUCUUUUCUGAAAGUGUUAUAUGCACAAUAAUUUACAUUUCAUCGUUAUUUCUCAUUAAAUACUAAAGAUAUUUUGAAAAGUUUAUGCUUCACAUACUUAGUUUUGUUUUCUUGAUAUUCAGUCUUUACCAAGUAAUGCAUUAUAUGAAGGUAUGCUGCAAAUUUAAUGGAAGUGUAAAUGAGAAUGAAAAAUCUGUUCUUAGUUGGAAGCUUGAAGGAUUGUAUAUUAUACAUUCAACAAUAAUGUUGCUCAAAAAGGAAAAAAAAGAAAACACAUUAUUACAUAGAUACUUUAUUUUGAUGCAGUCCAAUAUUUGAAUACACAUUCCAUAACCAUGUUCCUACAAAUAUGCUAAUCAAAAUAUGGUAUACAAAUUAAAUGUAUUUUGAUUUUGGAUGUAAAGAUUUUGGUCAAAUGUAAAUAUGAUUAUGGUCUUUAAAAGGUGCAUUAUGUCAAUGCAGAUUCAUUCAUUCUUUAAACAAUAUUAUCAACCCAGAGCACCUUUCGGUUAGAAUUCAGGGUUAUGUGGAAGAAAUCUUUAAGACAUGUUAGACAAGCAAUAACAAACUUGUUAUUUAAAGGUAAGCCAUACAUUCAAGUAAUGGGUAUUGUUAAAAGUUCAUUAGAUUCUGAGAGAAAAAAAAUCACCUCAGUAUUAAACUUAUUGAUAUAGUUUUAAAUGAGUUAAGAAUGAAACAGCAUAUAAGUUACUGUUAAUGAAGAUUAUGUGUAAGUAGAGACUUCUUCACCAUAGUAAUGAUAUGGAAAGUUCUGGCAUCAGUUAGUGAUGCUUGUCAGUAUAUAAAAAGAUUUCAAGGUCUGUUUGAUUGUAAAUAAGAUGUUAGUUCAACUGUACACUGACAUGCACCAUGAUAUGUAUAUAAUAGAUUUACUGAUAAUGACGCAUACAUGAUACUAUUUUAAAAUAAAUGUCCAAGAGGAAUAUAUG